UGCCAUAUGCCUCGGCUUUCUCCGCUUUCACCCGUCUCCGCAUCUUCGCUCCUCCAUCGAUUUACAAAACAACUCACAAGCCCGAGCUCCUGAUUGCAGCUUCAAUGAGAGAUGUAAACCUCGUGAGUAAGUGCUGCUUCUUUGAUAUCUCGUGCUCUCCCUUGUCUCGGUACCGGUCUAGGCUGCUCAACCAUGCCGCAAACGGAGCGGUCAAUCCGAAUUGCGGGCUGCUCAGGCGCAGCUACAGAUCGCCGACAUGCCAUGGCGAUGCUGGCGGCCAAUCAUUCCAACGACCCCAUCGAUGUGAUCAUGGGGGACUGGAUGUCUGAGGCCAACAUGACCGCACGAGCUGCCCUCAAGACCGGAAACGGUGGGGACGCGUAUGAGCCAACCUUCAUCGAGAGUCUGGAGCCGGCACUCAAGCACCUCGCAAGACACCGGAUCAAAGUUGCUGUCAAUGCCGGAGCAUCCGAUACUGCGCUGUUACAUAAAGUUGUAACAGACAUGGUCUCCAAGCAAGGUCUUGAUCUAAAAGUAGCGUAUGUGAGCGGUGACGAAGUGUUUCCGGCCGUGCAAAAGGCACUUCGUGAGGGCCGUAGUAAGUUCGAAAACAUCUGCACGGGCGAGAGCCUGGAGGACUGGGGAUUCAAACCCAUCUACGCCCAGGCUUAUAUUGGCGGUCUAGGCAUUGCAGCUGCACUUAGCAAAGGAGCCGACAUUGUCGUCUGCGGUCGUGUAAGCGAUGCAAGCCCUGUAAUUGGUGCAGCGUGCUGGUGGCAUGGCUGGCAACGAGAUCAACUGCAUGAACUCGCCAACGCGUUCGUAGCUGGCCAUCUGAUAGAAUGCUCCAAUUAUGUCUGUGGUGGCAACUUCACUGGCUUCAAGAGCCUUGAAUUCAAAGGCUGGCACGAUAUAGGCUACCCAAUUGCUGAGAUUGCGAGCAGUGGCCAGGUCGUCAUCACGAAGAACAAAGGCUCCGGCGGUGAAGUCAGCACGCAAACUUGCUCGUCCCAGCUACUGUACGAAAUCCAAGGGCCCUGGUACUUCAACAGCGACGUGACAGCCAUCCUUACCGACCUUUGGUUCGAACAGCUAGGUACCGAUCGAGUAGCACUCCGAGGCGUGAAGGCCGACCUUCCUCCAAGUACCACUAAAGUCGGCAUAACAGCACUAGGCGGCUACCAAGCAGAAGUCCACUGGUUUCUCACAGGUCUCGACAUUCACGCCAAAGCACGAAUGAUGGAGUCGCAAGUCCGCCGACUACUGCGUCCCUACUCCCACCGCUUCACCAAACUCGAGUUCACCAUCAACGGCUCCGCGGCUGUGAACGCAAGCGACCAGAACGCCGCCACCGUCGACUUCCGCAUCUUCGCUCAAGCGCCCACAGCCGAUGAUCUCAACCCUUCCAAAUUCCUCCGGCCAUGCAUCGAUCCGAUUAUGGAGGGCUAUCCGGGCGCGACACCGCAUCUGGAUCUCCGUCUCGGCUUCCCCAAACCCAUCCAGGAGUACUACGUUACGCUGUUGCCGCAGGCAGAUGUGCAGCAUAGAGUGCAUCUUUGGGAUGGACGAAGCGUUGAGAUACCGCCACCUCCGAGUAGCAAGGUGUAUCCUGCGCAGCAGCCUAGCGAACCAGAGGCCCGGAACCCGAGGAGCACUGAUGUUGGCGGGACUGUGAAAGGACCGCUGGGUUGGAUUGUGCAUGCGAGGAGUGGCGAUAAGGGUAGUAACUGCAACGUUGGCUUCUGGGUAAGACAUAAAGAUGAGUGGGAGUGGCUGCGAUCGUUAUUGUCUGUUGAAACUGUCAAGCGGCUAUUGGCCGAUGAGUACAAGGGCAAGAAGAUUGACCGAUUUGAACUCCCCAAUAUGCACGCUGUGCACUUCUUGCUGCAUGACCACUUGGAUCGGGGCGUAAGCUGCUCGUCUUCGUAUGACUUCUUGGGCAAGAACGUGGCCGAGUACCUGCGGUCGAAACAUGUUGACCUACCUGUAAAGUACCUGAACAGGGGGAAAUUAUAGUGCACCGCGUACAAGCGUCACUGCUCUUGUAGACUUCAUACAGCCGGUCUGCUCUGAUACAGAGCCGUAAUCGCCGACGCGAUUUGCCCGUUGGCGUCUCUCAUAACGCUAUUCGUAGCGUCUAUGCAUGCCUCAUGGCGGUUAAGCUAUGUCCAUUACUCUCUUCCUUAUCACCACGACACUUCGACCACGCAG